GGAAGUUUGCGGGAGGUGCUUGUAACAGGCGAGGAGGCUCAGCUGGAGGUUCCUGUGAAAUAUUUCUGCGUUUUUACCUCCGAGAGGAAUUUAUAACAAUGGAUGCGUUAAAGUCGGCGGGACGAGCGAUUAUAAGAAGUCCCAGUAUCGCCAAGCAAAGCUGGGGAAGUAGCAAGCACAAAAAGUUACCAGAAAACUGGACAGAUACAAGAGAGUCGCUGCAGGAAGGAAUGAUAUUUAAUCUCAAGUAUUUGGGUAUGACGCUAGUGGAACAACCAAAGGGGGAAGAAAUGUCGUCUUCUGCUGUUCGAAGGAUUGUUGCUAUGGCCAAAGCAAGUGGUAAGAAAUUUCAGAAAGUCUCACUGACUGUGUCACCGAGAGGAAUCAUACUGCACGAUGGUACAAAUAAUGAACUGAUAGAGAAUGUCUCCAUUUACAGGAUAUCUUAUUGUACGGCAGACAAAGUACAUGAUAAAGUUUUUGCCUACAUUGCUCAGAGCCAGCUAAAUGAGACUUUGGAAUGCCAUGCUUUCCUGUGUACAAAGAAAAAAUUGGCUCAAGCAGUGACAUUAACAGUGGCUCAGGCUUUCAAAGUAGCUUUUGAAUUCUGGCAGGCUGCCAAAGAAGAGAAAGGGAAAAGGGCCACAGUUGGACCCUCAAACAGUGGUCCCACUGGUAAAUUGCAAUCAGAAACCUCUGCCAAUCGUCACCACAAAGCAGAGGUUGCAACAGCAAAUUUGUUGGAUUUAACUGAAGGAGCAAUAUCUUCAUUAUCGACAAACAACAGACAUGAUCAUUCUACUGGAGACACAAACUGUUCAGUAAACAACAACAUUAUGUGGGAACUGAAUGAUGACCUGGAUGAAGCUUUUGCAAGACUGGCUCAAUCUCGAACAAACCCUCAGCUCCUGGACAUUGGUUUGAGCCCUCAGGAUAUGCAGGCAGAAGAAUGCCUAUCUCCUACAGACUGGGAAAAAAGUGAUCCUGGAGUUACAGAUAAAGAUGAUUUGUUUGGGUUCUGAUAACCUGAGAGCCAAAGAGAAUAGACAGCUUGCUUACGAAAGAGGAACUAACCACUCAAAACCUAGCUCGGCACCUUCUGCUCUCGAGACGCAAUGGUUCAAGAAUGGAGCUUUGAUUUGAAUGACUGUUGCAGGAUGACUGAAAUGGAGGAUUAAAUAUGUUUGCUGUUCCAGUGUUGCCUUCAAAGAGGUUCAGACCAAAGCAAAUAGCCCUGACAGAAAAUCCAUUCAGGCUUAGACCCAACCAAGAAUGUAUAGUCUAGCUUAAGUGGGCGAUUAGCUGCCUAUUCAUUUGGACUGAAACUGUCGCUAGAAAUAAGUCCUGAAAAUACUACAAGUUUAUGACUGUCUAUAUAUUAGAUUCAGUUGUGUUAAGUAUAAUAAAAUAUCUUUUAUUUUAAAGGAAAUAUUGUUCUUUCCCAACUGAACAAGCAGCUUAUUGUCUCGUCAUUUUCUGCUGCUAUUACCCUAACAAUGUAAAUGGCCCCUUUUAAUUUGCUAUGUGACAGCAUAGAUGAAUGCCCUCAAUUGUCACUUUGUAGACUUGCAAUUUGAAACUUUUAUAUGUAAGUAUUUGUUACAUUAACUAUGGGUAUAUGAGGUAACCAUAUUUAAUCACUGCAUUUUUAUGUUACAAACGAUGUACUAUUAUAAUGAAUGUUAAUUAUUUUAAGUCCACUUCAUUUCCACCUCCUUAUUGCUUUCUGUUUCAUCUCAAACUUUUGCAUUUCAAUUCAAUACAAUACAGGAACAAGCCCUUUGGUGCACCAAGCCUGCAGCAAUUCUUGAUCCUCAUUUAGACCCGCUACUUAUUGCCCAUGUGUGGUUUAUAUCACUGUUAGCCUCCUGUUCAUGUGUCUGUCAAGAUAUGCUUUAAAUGUUGCUUCCACUACUUCCACUGCAGUGCGUUCCAGGCAUCCACCACCCUCUGUGUGAAAACUUUUUCCCUGUACUUUUCCCCUGUAACCUUUUAAACCUGUGACCUCUUGUAGUUGACCUUUCCACCCUGGGGACCAAGCACCUGACUAUCUACUCUAUCUAUGCCUCUCCUAAUUUUGCAGAUCUCUUUCAGAUCAUCCUUAAGCUCUGUCUUUCCAGUGAAAACAAUCCAAGUUUAUCCAACCUCUCCUCAUAACUAGAACCCUCAAGACCAGGCAAUACCCUGAUAAGUUUUCUCUGCACCUGUCCAAAGCAUCCACAUCCUUUUGGUAGUAUAGCGACCAGACCGACACGCAAUAUCCCAAAUGUGACCUAACUAAAUUUUGUACAGCUGUAACGUAACUUGCCAACUUUAACAUUUAUUGCCCAGCUGAUGAAGGCAAGCAUGCUGUACGUCUUCUUGACCACCUUCUCCAUCUGCGUUGCCACUUUCAGGGAUCUGUGGACGUGUAUGCCCAGAUGCCUCUCCAUCAAUCUUCGUAAGGGUACAGCCAUUUAUUGACCUUCCAAAAUGUAUCACCCCUCAUUUGUCCGGAUUAAACUCCAUCUGCCAUUUCUCUGCUCAAAUCAGCAAUCUAUCAAUAUUUCUCUUAUCCUUUUGACAAUUUUAUCCUCGCUAUCUACAGCUCUGCCAAUGUUGGUGUCAUCCCCUAACUUACUAAUCGGACCACUUACAUUUCCAUCCAGAGCAUUAAUAUAUAUUACAAAGAACAAAAGUCCCUGCGGAUCACCACCUUUCCACAGCUGCUCUGUCUUCUAUGAUCAAGGUAAUUUCGUUUGUAUCUAGCAAGCUCACCCCAGAUCCUGUGAGACUCUACCUUCUGCACCAGCCAGCCAAGAGAUACCUUAUCAGAUGCCUUACUAAAGUCUGCAUAGACAACAUCCAUUGGCCUCCCUCAUCAAUCAUUCUUGUCAUCUCCUCAAAAAACUCAAAUCAAAUUGAUGAGACAUGAUCUUUCCCUCACAAACCGAUGCUGCUUAUCACUAAUAAUUCCAUUCUCUUCCAAUUGUGAAUAAAUCCUGUCACUUGGUAUCUUCUCCAGUAGCUUCCCUACCACUGACAUUAGGCUCACCGGUCUGUAAUUACCUUGAUUAUCUCUGUUUCCCUUCCUUUAAACAGAGGAACAACACUGGCCAUUCUCCAGUUUUCUGGAACUUCGCCUGAUGCCAAAACAGGAUCAAAUAUCUGUUAAGGCCUCAGCUAUUUCCUCCCUGGUCUCCCACAUUAUUCUGGGAUAGAUCCCAUCUGGCCCAAGGGACAUGUCUACCUCAGUGUACACUUCCUCCUUUGUUAUGUUUUCCUGCCCAACAGGGUUUACAAACAUUUCCCAGACUUCAACAUUACUCCCGUCUCUCUUCAGUGAAUGCUGACAUUAAAUACCUAUAAGGAUCUCGCCCUCUUCCUCUGGCUCAUCAUCUCCCUCCCUUAUCCUUGAGUGGGCCUACUCUUUCGUUAGCUACUCUCUUCCUCCUAAUAAAUGUAUUAAAUGCCUUGAGAAUCUCCUUAUCCAGGCUGGCCAAGGAUAUUUAAUAGCUCCUGUUUGAGCUCAUUUCUACUUUCUCCAUAUUCAUCAAGGACUUGCACUGGCAUGGUGGCUCAGUGAUUGGCAGUGCUGCCUCUCAGCACCACCGAACCGGGUUUGAUUCCCGCCUCGGGUGACUGUGUGGAGUGUGCACAUUCUUCCUGUGUCUGUGUCUGCAUGGGUUUCCUCCAGGUACUCCAGUUUCUUCCCACAAUCCAAAGAUAUGCAGGUUAGGUGAGUUGGUCAUGCUAAAUUGCCCAUAGUGUUAGGCGCAUUAGUCAGGAUUAAAUGUAGGGUUGGGGAAUGGGUCUGGGUGAGUCCCUGUUCAGAGGGUCAGUGUAGACUUGUUGGGCCAAAUGGCCUGUUUCCACACUAGGAAAUCUAAGCUAACCGUGCAGUGUCACUUGUCAUCAAAGUCACGAGUGCACUUAAGGGUGGCAUGGUGACUCAGUGGUUAGCACUGCUGCCUCACAGCACCAGGGACCCAGGCUUGAUUCCUGCUUUGGGUGACUGUCCGUUGGAGUUUGCACAUUUCUUUCCGCAUCUGCAUUGGUUUCCUCUGGGUGCUCUGGUUUCCUCCCAUAGUCCAAAGAUGUGCAGAUCAGGUGAAUUAGCCAUGCUAAAUUGCCAGUAAUGUUGGAUGCAUUAGUUAGGGGUGACUAUAGGGUUGGGGAAUGGGUCUGGGUGGGUUACUCUUUGGAGGGUCAAAUCUAAACUUUCUGUUUUUAGUUGUCUAGACCUUAGUUAUGCUUUUUUUUUGACUAAGCUGAUAGUUUCCCCGGUCAUCCAAGGUUCCUGAAUCCUGCCAUUCCAGUCCUUCAUUCUUACAGGAGCAUGCCUGUCUUGCACUCUGAUCAAUUGCUUUCUAAAAGAAUCCCACAAGUCCGAUGUGGACUUACCUUCAAACAGCUGCUCCUAAUGCACAUUCUCCAAUUCUUGCCUAAUUCAGUUGUUGUUGACCUCCUUCACGCCCCCCCUCCCAGUUUAAUACAUUCAUCUGAGGUCCACUCUUGACCUUUUAUCCAUAUGUAUCUGAAAACUUAUGGAAUUAUGGUCAGUAUUCCCAAAAUGCUCUCUCACUGAACCUUUUGAUCAUCUCAUGAAAUCUGAAAACGGGACUCUCUUUGUAUAUCUAUAAUGGAACAAAUAGAACCUGUGUCUUUUUAAAACUUGAAUGGUCAGAUCCAGAAGCUUCAGUUUACAUCUGGUAGAUGCAUUCCUGGUGCUAGCUGGUGUAAAACAUGACCAAGAUUACAAAAGUGAGGGUGACACCAAGUAUAUUGUAAUAUGAUGUACCCCUGUUAAUCAUGUGGGAAAUCUGUUGCAUGUAAAUUUUAUGGACUGAAAAUGAGUACAAGGUAUCUUACACACACAUAUUUUUAAGAAUUUUAAAUUUACAAGCAGUUUUGUAGCAGUGUUUCAUUUUAAGAAUAAUUCGCGCACACUCUGGAGUAUGCAAAACAGAGUAAGUAAUGAAUUCACAUCUGUAAUGGUGAGAAUAUACAUCUAAGAAUCCAGACAAUUUAAAAUUGCUGUUAAGCUCUUAACAGAGAAAGGAAUGAAAUGGUGCUCUGCAUUUGCUCCACUUUUCUCGGUUUCCCAUUAAUGAUCAGAGCCCAAAACUACUGGCAUAACAUACUUUUGGGUUUUCUCCUCAUCCAACUCUACGAAUGGGAAAUAGACCAUUUUGAAAUGACCAAAAUGGCCACAGUUGUAGUUCAAGCCAAGCUUACCCCUUAUGUAGAAUGAUUCCCAUUUAACGAUCUGGUAUUCUCUAUCACCAUGGUUAAUCCAUUAUUUUACAUGAUGUUUCUUGCAGCUUUUAAUGAUGCACAAUGUGGUACUCAACUGUACAUUUUAAUGGAAAUAUUUUUGUGGAUUAUUACAGAAUGGAUUCAGACUGGUUACUCUGGCAUUUUUGGUUUUGGAAUUUCAGUAAACUCCAAUGUGAAAAAUUCCAUACUGCAAGGUCAAGUGUUUGCAAUAUCUCGUAGAGAACUAGUGCUUUUUAAUGAUGGUAAUAAUGUUAGCACUUUUGACAAAUGUACAAUAAACGCACUACUGUGAAAAUGGAGAA